AUGUCGACACACUCACCCACCAAGGCUGUCACCGAGACGGACGACUUGGAGCAGGGCUCCCUGGGCAAAGAGUCGCCGAACCCUAUUCUGCACCGCGAGAGACAUGGGACUUUGUUCACGACCUGCGCGCACAUCAUUACUGCCAUGAUUGGCGCUGGCGUGCUGGGCCUCCCCAAUGCCGUGUCCUGGCUGGGGUGGAUCGCAGGACUCGCCCUGAUCAGCAUCUUCUACGCCACCACCAUCCUCUCCUCCAACCUGCUGGCGGCCACAGUGGAGAGCCAGGGCGUCAAGCACAUGACGUACCGCGGCCUGGUGCUGCACAUCCUGGGCCCUCGUGCUUCCAAGGUCCUCUGGGGAUUCCAGUGCACCCUCCUCUUCCUGGCCGGCAUUGCCUAUACCAUUGCCGCUGGAGAGGCCGGCAGGGCGCUGCUGGUGGCGGUGGGCCACUAUGGCGUGGAUCAGUCUGUUUGGCCUAUCAUCGUCACGUUUGGGGGCAUGCAGAUCGUCCUGUCCCAGUUUCCCAACCUGGACGCCACCUGGAUCAGCUCCGCGGUGGGCGCCGCCACCUCCAUCGGCUACUCCAUCAUCGCCCUGGGCCUGUGCGCAGCCAAGGCCAGCAACCACCUGGGCACCAUCCAGGGCAACACUGAGGUGAACAGCGUCAACAAGCUCUUCAACGUCCUCAACGCACUGGGCGGCGUAGCCUUCGCCUACAACUUUGCGCCCGUCCUCGUGGAGAUCCAGGUGCGGCGCCGAGGGGGGUACCUGGCGUUUGGGAACGGUGUGGCUGGAUCCAUCCUGUCCCAGCCAGACGUCGGCCCAGUCUGGGUGAUCGUGCUGGCCAACGCCCUGGUCUUCAUACACAUGCUAUCGGCCGUCCAGCUCUUCACGCAGCCUCUGUUUGCCGCCAUCGAACAUGGCGUGGCACGGUGCUGGCCCGCCAGCCCCAUCGCCACCAGCCCGCGCAUCACCAAGCUGGUCUGGCGCAGUCUCUACAUUGCCUUCAUCACCUUCAUCUCGGCGCUCAUCCCCUUCUUCUCUCAGAUCAUCGGCCUGGUGGGCGCCGUCAUCUACUGGCCCACGGCCAUCCUCUUCCCCGUCUUCGUCUGGCUGGCGGUCUUCCCACCGCGCCUCAGCGUGCACAUAGGCCUGCAGACCCUGAACGCCGCCAUGCUGAUCGUGGCGCUGCUGGCGAUUGUGGGCUCACUGCGCUCCAUCAUCAACAACGCCGACACCUACGGCGUGUUCCAGUGA